CAGGAAUGACCCUAAUGAUGCUCUGGUCUGGACAGGCGAAGGGAGUCCUGGGAAGCUGGGGGAUCAUCUGCUUGGUGAUAUCUCUGCUCCUCCAGCAGCCAGGAGUCCACAGCAAGUGCUACUUUCAAGCUCAAGCCCCCUGCCACUAUGAAGGGAAAUAUUUUACCCUCGGUGAGUCUUGGCUCCGCAAGGACUGUUUCCAUUGUACCUGUCUGCAUCCCGUCGGUGUGGGCUGCUGUGACACGUCUCAGCAUCCCAUCGACUUCCCCGCGGGGUGUGAGGUACGUCAGGAGGCAGGAACCUGUCAAUUCUCCCUGGUGCAAAAAUCUGACCCUCGGCUGCCCUGCAAAGGGGGAGGGCCUGACCUCGAAUGGGGCUCAGCCAACACCCCUGCCCCUGGGGCCCCUGCUCCCCACUCCAACUAAA